AGGAUAUGCAGUUGCGUGAGGGUACAAUGAAAAUGAAUAGGCUUAUAAUGCGGAAUUGAGGGUUAUGCGACAAGCAGUUUAGGACGGGAAGGGAAGGUAUCUGACUCGUGUGAAGAGUUCGUCGUCUAUGGGCGGCCGAUAUCGGACCGUUAACGGGGCCCUCGACAGUCGCUUGCACUUGCGCUCAUCAGAAGAGCUCGGCGGCGGUUGUCGCGGCCGCUUUCUUGGGUGGCAACCCAGCGGGGCAGUUGCACUUGAUCCUCCAGCAGACUCCGGCAUCCCAAGGGUAAGCCUUGGUGCAGCAGUCUUUGCACACGGCGGGGCCCCAGGUCUCGUCGUAAACGGCAGGAGUAGGAGUAGCGGUAGGAGUCGCCUUCGCGGUGAAGAACUGGCAGGGACACCUGAGGCGGGAGCAGAUCUUUGGCUUGUCCUCGGCAGGCCACAGGCAGCAUUUUUCGCAAAUCGAAGGGGAGGUCGAAGUGGUUUCGGUGGGAACGGCGGAGGGUGUUGCCUUCGCGGUGAAGAACUGACAGGGGCAUCUGAUCCGGGAGCAGACCUUGGGCUUGUCCUCGGCGGGCCACAGGCAGCAUUUCUCGCAAGUGGACGGGCCGGUCAACGUGUUGUCGGAGGGCGCCGCGGAGACCGUCGGCGCAGAAGAAGGGCAAGGGCACGCGAUGCGAGAGCAAGCCAGGGGCUGCUCGCUGAGGGGCUUGCUGCAGCACUCGGUGCAGAUGCCGGGAACGGAGGCCGCGCUGGCGACGGCCAGGAGGGCGAAGAGGAUAACAAGGAUUCCGCGCAUCGUAAAAAAUAUGUGUUGCAACCUGCAAAGGAAGGAGGAGACUGGUUGAUAGGAUUGGGGAUGGCACUUCGAUCGGCCAGCUUAAAUACUUCUCGAGUUUGCUGUCUGAUCCCCCGCGUCUGUUGCUAGCCAGAAAAGAAAAAGAGCAGACGGCUGCGGAUGGACGUCAGAGGUAUUCAGCUUCAAGCUGAAAUUAAAGAGAUGAAAGAAAAAGAUAAUGAAGCAGCCGCUGAAGUGAAAAAAAAUGAAAGACCGCCAAGUAGCGAGGGGAUACAACGUGAGCAUAUAGUCAAGGUUCAGCGGCACGAGGACGAAUGAUGGAAUAAGGAAAAGAGAGAGAAGGACGGACCCGCCGUGUUGUUGACGCUGAAUAGUUGCGACUUCGGGAAAUAUUUGGGAGGCAGUAAUAUGAGAAAACUUC